AUGGCGGCCACUUACAAGCAGUUCCUUGCUGCGCCCAGCUCGUCGCUGCUGGCCGACACAGCUGCGCUGUACUAUGUGACCACCACAACCACUUUUUCUGGCCCGACCCAGAUCAUUAAGCACCUCAAUGGCCUUCAGAAGGUUGUCGCCAAGAAGAAGGAGGAAGUCUUUAACGUUGUCGACGGCAGAAACGUUGCCGUCUUCGAGAUCGACACCGGCCUGGGCUUCCAGACUGGCGGCGGCCCUUAUCUUCCAGGCCUCGAUGACAACUUUCUGUCUGCCCGAGACGUCUAUCUCCCCAUUACUCACUUUGUGUCAUUUGACGAGGCGGGCAAGAUUUCGCAGAUCCGACUCCAAUGGGACCAGGGUUCACUUCUGAAGCAAGUCGAGGUUAUCGGCAAGUCUGGUCGCAACUGGCCCAUUAGGGACAGCCGGGAGCAGAUCACCUACAUCCGAUCAGCCAUCAGGUCUGCUGGCACCGCGCCUCCCGCUCCUCUCAGCCACAACGAAUCCAUUGUCCGAACUCGAGGCAACUCCAGCAAUGCCUUCCGAGACCCCCAUGCUUCCCUGCAGCUGUUUGGCUCUCGCGAGGAGAUUGAAACUGAACCCGUUGCUGUUGUGUCACCCUACGCUGGCACCCGGCCCCGACAGCGAUCCUUCACCGAGAUUCUGGGCCAUGAGCCUGAUUCACCGAGUUCUGGACGCCAGCAAAUAUCGCCCUCCAAGGCUGGCCAGGGUAAGAACUUCCAGCCUAUGCGCCUCUUCGAUGGUUAUGAGCAUACCGACGUGCCAGAUCAGCCCCUUCAGCAGAACAAACGCUAUAUUCGCCCCAACCCCAACAAGUAUUCUCACUUUGACUUUGCCGAUGGCAGCGACCCGCAGGAUGCUCCUCAGAAAGGCGUUUCCAUUGACGAGAAGCCCAAGUCUAAGCACGAUAGUCAAUGGUCCUUUGAGGAUUUCGUCACCCCCCAGAAGGUGAAACCCUCCCGGGGUAUGCGAACUCAGGAUGUUCGCCACUGGGGCGCGGAUGAGAACACCGCGGACGAGGCCGCUGCGCAGCCUGCCAAGCCUCGACGCGAUGCCGAAGCACACUUCGAGCUCCUUGACGACGGUGAGAGAGUGCCCCAACCACAGCGCCCUGGUGCCAAGCCAAGAGGAUAUGCCCACAACGAGGGCCUUGGGCUCUAUAAGAACCAAUUGUUUGACACGGAAGAAACAGGAUCCAACGAGCGCCCCCUGGGUAAUAUCACCAACGUCAACCGCGGAAAGGACUUUGACCACCACUUUGACAUCGCCGACCAAUCUCCAGCCCACCAGAAGGAAAAUAAGCCUGUUCAGGAGCCUACAAACGACUCUCGAAUUCACAUUGCAGGCGACGGCAUGGGGGGUCGAAAGGGCACGAACCGGGACUGGCUCUAUGGUGAGACUGAGGAAGUCGCCCAGUCUAUCCCUGCUCGACAGGCCAAUGUCGCUGCCGCUGGCGUUCCACUCGGCAAGAGCAGCAAGAUCGCCACUGCCGGUGACGGCAUGGGCGGUAGAAAGGGAACUGAGCGCGAUUGGCUUUACAGCGAGACCCAGGAGGAAUCGUCCAAGUCUGUGCCUGGGCGGAAGCAAGGAGCCAGCGGCGUCCCCAGUGAGACCCAGGAUAGCAAGAUCGCUAUUGCUGGCGACGGCAUGGGCGGCAGGAAGGGAACAAACCGUGACUGGUUGUACGGCGACCUGAGCGAGCAGCCCCUCCCUACUCGAAAGCAGCCCACAACAUCGGCCAAGAAGGACUUCUGGGACUUUUAA